UUGGAUUGUUUAAUCGGAAAAUCGGAUUUUUCCUCUUCCAGAUCUCGUUGAGAUGGCUUCCAAUGGAGCUACUAGCUCCGGAAGAGAUGAUGAUUCUUCUGCUACGAGGAGGAAUUCCAAGAAACCUCAAUAUUCUAGGUUUUCACAGCAAGAGCUUCCUGCUUGCAAGCCUAUGCUAACACCAGGAUUGGUCAUAAUGGCAUUCAUAUUUAUUGGGACUAUCUUUAUCCCAAUUGGUCUUGUUUCUUUGUUUGCAUCAGAAAGUGUCGUAGAAAUUGUUGACCGCUAUGACAAAGGCUGCAUUCCAGAGAAGUAUGGCAAGCAUAUGGUUGCAUUUAUACAAAGCAAGGAAACUAACAAGACCUGUUUGAGGACUUUGACUGUCCCAAAGCUCAUGAAAAAUCCUGUAUAUGUUUAUUACCAGCUUGAUAACUUCUACCAGAACCAUCGCAGAUACGUUAAAAGCAGAAAUGACAAACAGCUCAGGAGCAAAGCAUAUGCAAGUGAAACGAGUACUUGUGCCCCUGAAGCCACCACAGCAAAUGGGUCUGCAAUCGUUCCUUGUGGUCUUAUUGCCUGGAGCUUGUUCAAUGACACAUAUGGGUUUUCUGUUAAAAACAAGGCCUUAGAAGUCAGCAAGAAAAAUAUAGCCUGGAAAAGUGACCAGGACUCUAAGUUUGGCUCUGAUGUCUUCCCUAAAAAUUUUCAGAGUGGAGGCUUAAUUGGGGGUGCCAAACUUAAUUCGAGUAAACCUUUGAGUGAACAAGAGGAUCUUAUUGUUUGGAUGAGAACUGCGGCACUGCCAACUUUCAGAAAGCUCUAUGGGAAGAUAGAGGUUGACCUUGAAGCCAAUGAAAAGAUAACAGUGCUGAUACAGAACAACUAUAAUACUUACGGUUUUGAGGGCAAAAAGAAACUUGUUCUUUCAACUACCAGUUGGAUAGGAGGCAAAAACGAUUUCCUGGGCAUAGCAUAUCUUACUGUUGGUGGUCUUUGCUUGUUCUUGGCAAUAAACUUUGUUCUAGUGUAUGUGAUCCAUCCAAGGCCGCUGGGGGAUCCAUCCUUCUUAUCAUGGAACAGAAAUCCAGCAGGACAUUGUACUUAUGGCUGACUUCUUGCUUCCAACUCCCAUUUUUUGGACACCACAAUGCUUACAUGGCCACGAUAGUCUUCCUUGGACGAGGAAUUUUCACCAUAAAACAGUCUGAUCAGGAUGAGAAGUGCGAUCAUUUGUCCAGGACCGAAACCUGAGUGUAUAUAAAACGAAGGGGAAAUGCUGUGCACAAAUACCAAUUGUUGAAUAGAUGGAAAUCCUUGAGCUUUAGUUAUAUUUAGUUCUCUUACCAGGCUGAGUUGUUGAGUAUCAUCUUCUAUGUAACUGUUCCAAAUUUAUGUUUUUCCUGAUGUUAGAG